AUGUCGUUCGGCAAAUCUCGUACAGUUACUCUUUGUUCCUUGGCGAAUUUCAUCAAUGCUGCUGAUCGAGCAAUCAUGCCCAUUGCCAUUAUCCCAAUGGCGAAGGAAUUCAGUUGGAAUUUACGAUUACAAGGUUAUGUUUUAUCAUCGUUUCCGAUCGGAUACUUAACAAGUCAAAUCUUUGCUCAUAUGUUCGUACGGCGUUUUGGCACAAAAAGUGUUCUUGCCUUCGCGGUAUUUACAUGGUCAUUAGUCACCUUUGCAACACCAUUUUUGGCACCUUUACCGUUCCUAUUGAUAUGUUCUAGAAUUGCGCUAGGCUUUGGUGAAGGUUUGGGUAAGUCAAAACAUUACCAACAAUAUUUCAUAUAUUCAGUGUGUCCACACAUGGCAUGGCGUAUAGUUUUCUUUAUUUUCGGUUUAAUGGGUUUUUUGUGGUCAUUUAUGUGGAUUGUAACUUAUCGUGAUUUUAAUAUAUCUCUGGGAAAUGCGGGAGAUGAAGAAGCUUUCAUUCAUCCAUCAUCUAAAGUAGGAAAUAAAAACUAUCGAUGGAUCGAAUUUAUGUCGCAUUGGCCACUAUGGGCCAUUUAUAUAGCACAUUUUGCUAUGAAUUGGUCGUCAUACAUUGUUAUGGUAUGGUUACCAUCGUACCUAACAACAACAUUUGAUGCUGAUCCAACAAAUUUAUCAUUUACAGCAUUUCCAUAUGUUAUGAAUUGUUUGUCUGGUGUUGCCGCAGGCCAUUUUGCAGAUUCGCUCAUUCAAAAUCGAUGGACUGUCUUAUCCGUUCGUCGAUUGAUGACAGCUAUUGGUCUACUCGGUCCUGGCCUCUUCAUGCUUCUCUUCAUAUCAGUAGACAAUCUUCUUCUAGCUGUUGUUUUCAUAUCAAUCAGUAUGGGCCUAAGCGCAUGUAACUCUGCCGGUCACUUAUCGAAUCAUGCUGAUAUAGCGCCUAAUCAUGCCGGCAUAACAUUUGCUAUAUCGAAUACACUAGCGACAAUUCCUGGCAUCUUAGCCGGUCCUGUAACAGCUGAACUAGUACAAGCUAGUCAUGGUCGUUGGUUUCCAGUAUUUAUUCUUGCAAGCGGUGUUAAUUUUGUUGGCGCGAUUAUCUAUCAAAGUCAAAGUGCAUCGACACAAAUACUGUGA